AUGCGGAAGACCGAACAAAAUUAUGAAAUGGAAUCGGUCGAAGAAGAACUUGAACGCAAGCCUACGAAGGAAAUCGACAACCUGGAUAAUGACUGCUCUGAAUUUGAAUUUUAUUUAGGAAAAUCUGAAAUAUUCGCCGCCUACAGGCAUAUCGCUGGUUUCAUUGGUGGGAUUCAGUGA